AUGAGAAGGUUGGAGCAGGGUUCCACAUCCCAACUCAACUACUCCAAAAGACUUAGAAUAACCGACGGCGCCUCCAUCUUCACAGCCGAACUAACGGCCAUCCUUAUGGCCCUUACAAGUAUCAGCAUCAUAACCAACGCCCUAUCAGCAUUGCAGGCCAUAAAAGGGGGAGAAUGCUGCAGAGACGACAUCGUAGAAGAGAUUCUACACAAAUGCACCGAGAUAAAACAAAGUGGACGAUCGGUACAGAUGAUCUGGAUUCCCUCCCAUGUCGGCAUACAAGGAAACGAGAAUGCCAAAUUGUGA